AAUGUUUAUUUUUAUUUUAACAAGAAAAACUCGAAUUACCCAAUUCCACCUCUUCCUCAUCAGUCCCUCUUUACAACCGCCGCUUUCCCUAGCUCCACGACAAUGGCUCUGAGGGCGGCGACUCUAAAAAGCGCCGGUGAGAAAAUGAUGUCCGCAUUCGGACCCAUACGGUGGGCCCACGCCAUCGCUGCCCAACCUCCGCCGCUCGACAGUUCGAUGGGUCACGCCGCCGUCACCGCACCGUUUGUUUUGCCGGAACUCGAUCGGGACUCCGUUGACAACAACGGCAACGUGAAGUACGGGUUCCCCAGUUUCUCUUUUCGCGGCGGUGGGUCGAUGGAGCUCAUGGCCGUCCCCAAAAAGAAGGUUUCUCCACACAAGAGAGGCAUUAGGAAUGGACCAAAGGCUUUGAAACCCGUUCCUGUCAUCAUCCGCUGCAAGAGUUGUGGCCGAGUCAAGCUUCCACACUUCUAUUGUUGCAGUGGAGAUCGAGGAAAUACCGGUGAACCAAAUAGUACAUCCAGUUGAUCCAUCCCAUCGUUUUUUCAUUCCGCAGCAAUGUUUGUCAUUGAACUGAAUCUGCUGGUUUAUUUGUAUCUCAUUAGAAACCUCAUCAGACUAUACAAGGUCAAAUCGCGACUUUCCUAUAUAAAUGGUGAUUUUGGAGACCAAAUUCACCAGCCGGUUUCAUGCUA